AGGACGCGCGGUUGCCGCUGAAGAACGCUCUGAAGCACCCGCUGGUGGUCCUGCACAGGAACACCGGGCAACGGCGGGCCAGCCUUGCUGCAGAGGAGGGCGGCGUGUCUGGCGCCGCCGCGUCCGCGCUGGGAAAGAAGCUGGCGACCUGGCGCAAGGUGAGGUCCGGCAAGCGCUCGCCCGGAGGUGCCGUGGAGCCCCUGGGCUCUGGCGCCGUGGAGCCCCUGGGCUCCGAAGCCGACGGGCUCAUGACGACCACGUCGUCCUACUGCCUCGCGACCAGCAGCCGCGCGACGGAGAGCGAGGUUGGGUCGCCCUCCGGCGCGACGAGCCCGACGUGCUUCCGGAGGCCCCAGGCCGGCCCGCAUCUUCGCGCCGGGCACGAGGAGUGCGGGUGCCGACCCGCUGAGCAGGACGCAGCCUCUGCGCUCGGUCGAGCCCGUGGACGACGUUGACGAGGCGCCCUCGUGCGCGGCUCACGCGGCCUCGGCGCCGGUGGAGUCCCUGCGCCAGCCGCGGCGGGCCGACGAGGACGCCCGGGACAGCGUCGCGGAGCUGAUCACUUGCAGAACGGUAAGUUCGGCAAGCACGGCAACGUUCGGCAAGCAAACCAGUGUGGAGGCCUCCUCCUCGCAGCCCCCGUCGUGCGACUGCGGCAACGUCUUCCUGCCGGACGAGCGCUUCUGCCGGAGGUGCGGGCAGGCACGUGCCGGUGUCGUGCCGGGCGGCCCGAGGUUGCCGCAGAGGGCGUGCGAGGCGAAGCACCCGCCGAUAGAGACCACCGCGAGCACCGCCGUGGACAGCACGGCGGACCCGGGGAGGCCCCUGGCGGCCGCCCAGAGCCUCGACUGCUGGGACGGCGCGGCCGACUUCGGCUUCGAGGCGGGCAUGGGCAGGAUGCUGUCCGAGGCCGUCUGGAGCAGGGGCGCGAGGGCUCCGCUCGGAGCACCUCCUGCUGGAGCACCGCCCCAGGCCGCGAGGGCGCCAGCCAGCGGCUCACCGUCGCGCGGCCCCCUGCUGCCGAUGGACAAGCGCCCCUCGGAGGCGUGGUGCGGUCUGCGGGGGCCCCUGGAGGAGACGUCGGCGACGCUUCCAGGUAUUGCUGGCAACAUGUACACCUGACGUAUUGGAACCGAUUGCACGAAGACCUUCGCCCUGCCUGAGUUUGUCGGUUUGGACGCCGCCGUGGUGGCGCCCGCGAGCAAGUGAGGGGGAGCACGGCUCAGGAUGGUACUCGCAGAGCUCCGUGCUACGACGGCUCCGCGCGGGCCGACAGUUUGUGUUCGUGCAGUUUUUUUUCUUCAUCAUACGCCCAGUCUCACACGGGUCACUGUGUAUAGUCCAAGUCCCGCUGCCUGCGGCAGACCCCACCACCGUGCCAGUGCUUCAUCGGGACGCAUUCGGGACGAUUCUAGCGAGGCCCGACGCAGCCCUCUCGGGCACGUGUAGGAAGCAGCGAUGCAAGGUUGCAGGGGGG